CAAGACAAAAUUCCCUGCAAAUCGCACGGGUUUUAAUUUCAUAAACCCGGUGACGGUGCUACCUCUGUCAUUAUCGAUUGUGUGGUGGUUCACGAUCCGAUCCGGAUUUGAGGGAGGAGGAGGCAGCGGCGGAGGCGGAGGAGGAACAACCACCGGCGUAGGGAUCAAAACAGCGGAGGUUAGCGGCGGUUCCAUUCGAUCCAAUCGAGGUUGGUUUGAUUCCGAUGGCGUAUAGAAGGAGACAACAGCAGGGAAUUCCGAACCAAUAUUCUUCUUCAACCUUCGAAAACGACGCAAUUCGGAACCCUAGCACCACCGUACAUCCACCUUCUUCCUCUUCUUCUUCGUCGAAUGAGGACUUCGGCGACGCUUCCUCUUCUUCGUCGUCUUCGCUCGCUGCCAAAGCCAUCAGAGCUUCUUCCGCGCGCCGCGACUCUUCCCUCUCGUCUCUCUACGGUCAAUCCAACCUCUCCAAUGCUUCUCGUACUCUACCCACCCCAACCGCUCCUCCCUCCUCCAAGGAUUCAAGAACCUAUGAAUAUACUUCUAUGAAGAAAUUGAAUGAGACCAAGGGUGGAUUUUGGGGUGCUUUGGCCAGAAAAGCCAAAUCAAUUAUUGAGGAAGAUAAUUUAACCCGGCAAUCUGAAAUGCCUGGGACGACGAGGUCACAAAUACCGGGUUCAACAUCUAGGGGCAAGUUCCAAAAUUUGGAUCACUUAGAGGAGAGCGAUCUCAAAAGAGACGGUCCAACAUUUAUGAAGGGAUUAGAUGCUAUCACAUCUUCUCUUACUCAUAUUGGUGGCUCCAUUGGUAAAUCUUUGGAGGAAGGUCUUACAAAAGUUGAGAGUCGAACUUCAGGUAUCAUUCAGGAAACACGUAAACAUAUCAGGAAAACGCCUGGAAACACUGCAGGACAAAAUCAGGAGACUAACCAUUCAACUAUGUCUGAACAAUCCCAAUUGCGGCGGACUCGUAUGUCAUCAAUGCAAACAGACCAAGAACUUCAACUGAAGGCAUCUCGCGACGUUGCAAUGGCAAUGGCUGCCAAAGCUAAAUUACUUCUUCGGGAGUUAAAGACCGUCAAAGCUGAUCUAGCUUUUGCAAAGGAUCGAUGUGCUCAGCUAGAGGAAGAAAAUAGAAUCCUUCAUGAGAAUCGUGAAAGGGGUGAUAGCCAUGAUGAUGAUGAUUUGAUACGACUUCAACUUGAAACUCUUUUAGCUGAAAAAGCUCGGUUGGCUCAUGAGAACUCAGUUUACGCCCGUGAGAAUCGGUUUCUAAGGGAGGUUGUUGAAUACCACCAGCUUACAAUGCAGGAUGUUGUCUACUUUGAUGAGGCCAAUGAGGAAGUGACGGAAGUGAACCCUCUUAACUUCCCCCCAAGGCCUGUUAUUACUCCAUCUGCAGCAUCCUCAUCAUUGCCUCCAGAAGCCAACCUUAGCAUGAGUUCAGAAUCAACAAGAGGUAUCUCAUUUCCCAUAUCCGAAAAGGAAGCAAAGAGUUCUGAAACGAUUUCAAAGGAUGUUAAGAGUUCUGAAGGCACAAGAAGUAUUUCUUAUACAACAGGAAAUGAUGCAAAAUGACAUGAAACUCCCCUGUUUUGAUGGUGAUGCACCACAUUUUGAUGCUGUUUUGAUUGGUUGCUAUUUAUGUAUUGCUCUUUGUGGGCAUCGUGGUGACAUUACCUUGAUGUAAGUUUGUAACUUGUAUCAGUGUAACGUAAGUUUUAUUUAUUUAUUUUUUGACAUACGUGUAUGACCUAAACCAGUAAGUUUCUUAAGAGGAUGAGCAAUAUUUUCCCUAAAAAAAGUAUGUUUCUGUAUAUAAAAGUAGUGCUCUUUUACAA